AUAACAAAUUUUGGUGAAGCAAGCUGAAAGACGAGCGCGGGCAGCAGUCGGCGGGCGGCGGGCCACGUGACGACUGGCUUCGGUUGACUGAGUACACAGAUAGGUGUCGUGCCGGCAGCUCCACAACGCUCCCACGUCGCGUCUUUACUUGCUGUGACAUCAUUCUCCUCAAGAUCGUGUACCACCUGCGAACAAACAACAGCACAAGAUGGAUUUUAUAUUUCUAUGGCUAGUUACUUUCGUACUUGGAUUUUGGAUCUGUAAGAAGAUGAAGGAAUGGCGCAGCUUACCUCCAGGUCCUUGGGGAUUACCCAUUGUGGGAUUCUUGCCAUUCAUUGAUCGGAAUCAGCCUCAUCUCACUUUAACGAAGGUCGCCAAACAAUUUGGCCCAAUAUAUGGAAUAUCAAUGGGCAACGUGUACACAGUAGUGUUGUCCGAUCAUAAAUUAGUUAGAGAAGCAUUCGCAAAGGAAGCAUUCUCUGGACGAGCUCCACUUUAUUUGACGCAUGGUAUCAUGCACGGAAAUGGUAUAAUUUGUGCUGAGGGUGGAUUAUGGAAGGAUCAACGUAAACUGGUGAUGAUGUGGUUGAAAAGCUUCGGUAUGAGCAAGUACAGCGUGUCCCGCGAGAAGUUGGAGCGACGAAUCGCCGUCGGCGUUAACGAACUACUACAAAAUGUCAAACAAGCUUCUGGAGCCCCAAUUGAUCUACCAUCUAUGCUAAAAAAUUCACUGGGGAACGUUGUAAAUGAGAUUAUAUUUGGUUACAAAUACCCGUCUGACGAUAAAACAUGGAAAUGGUUCAGACAAAUACAAGAAGAAGGCAGUCAUGAAAUGGGUGUUGCCGGAGUGGUUAACUUUUUGCCUUUUAUUCGAUUUUUUUCACAAUCCAUUCAAAAUACGAUGAGAAUUCUAAUACGUGGUCAAGCCCAAACUCACGCUCUUUAUGCAGCUAUUAUUGAAAUGCGACGCAAAGUUCUAAAAAUUGAAGCUCCCGAAGGUGCCAAAUAUCCCUUACAUGAAAAUCUGUUCAAACAGCAUCCCAAAGGCUUUAUAAAAUGUAUAAAGUACAGCAAACACGCGUCAGAAAAGGAGGAGCAUUACUUCGAUCCCGAAAUUCUUAUACCGACAGAUGGUGAAUGUAUUCUAGACAAUUUCCUCUUGGAACAAAAGAAACGGUUCGACAACAACGCUGAGACUGCAAAGUACAUGACAGAUGAACAGAUGUUUUAUCUACUCGCAGACAUGUUCGGGGCAGGCCUUGAUACUACGUCGACUACUCUCGCCUGGUUUUUGUUGUAUAUGGCUCUGCACCCGGAAGAACAGGAAACUGUGCGUCGUGAGAUCUUAUCCGUUUUAAUUGAUGAUAAUGAUAGUGAUUAUACAAAGUUACCUCGUCUAAUGGCGGCCAUUUGUGAGACGCAGCGCAUUCGAUCUAUAGUGCCCGUUGGCAUUCCUCAUGGAUGCACUGAAGAUACAUAUUUGGGCGAAUACAGAAUUCCGAAAGGCGCUAUGGUAAUGCCGCUGCAGUGGGCGAUGCACAUGGACCCUGAUGUUUGGGAGGAUCCCGAGGAAUUUAAACCCAGUCGGUUCUUAGAUGAAGACGGAAAUUUAUUGAAGCCGCAACAAUUCAUACCUUUUCAAACAGGAAAGCGAAUGUGUCCGGGAGAUGAACUUUCUCGUAUGAUGUCGUGUGGUUUGAUAACCCGUUUGUUCCGCCAUAUGCGCGUACGAUUAGCCGAUGAACCUCCCACUGAAGAGGAAAUGCAAGGCACGGUCGGGGUCACAAUGACGCCGCCAAAAAAACUGUAUGUCUGUGUACCGCUUUAGGUCGGUACAGUCACGAAGAAAAGUUUUA